AUGCUUCGAUUUUUCCUAUUUCUCAAUUUUCUACUUCUCAUAACUUCAUUCUACACCAACAACAAAGUUCAAAAUCUCGAAUUCUCGCCAAAAAUGGGAAAACAACACAAAGCGAUGGAUGUUUUGAUUGAUUUUGCCACCAAAAAUUUGGAUGUUGACAAUACCGGAAGAUCAGCUUCAGCUUUGAUCAGUUUUGCCAAAGAAAAUGUGAAAAUUCUGGGAAAAUCCGUGGAUUGGGGAUGUGGAAUUAGUAAAGAUCAGAAAUUGAAACAUCAGGGAUCAGAAAAGGAGGAGUGGAUGACUUUUGAAUUCAAAAAACAUUAUUUUUUGAUUUUUUAUGUGAAAAUUAAUCGAUAA